GAAGAGAUCGUUGAACCGAAAGGGAGCUGACUUAUGCCCUACUAGGAAAGCUCCGUGAAGGGAUUCUGUCAACAAAGCGCAGCGAUGCAUUCGCCCUCGAAGGUAAAUCAGGUAAAACGGAGAAAAAUAGCGUAUUGACCGGCCUACUCCAGUCUACGAGACAUCAAUGUAUCUCUCGAUACUCUUCUCCUCUCCAAAGGACACAGCGUCCGUCGUAUCCCACCUCAUUCCCGGCAUGUACAAAACGCGUUCUUCCCUGCCAGAGACGUGUUCGAUGGCUGUGACCGCGUCGCUCUUGUACUAUCUUGUCACAGCCUAUCCGUCGCAGAGCCGGUACUUUGAACAUCUGGGCUUGAUACCGAAAGCCUUACUUCGUGAAACCACCAGGAAAUGGCUCCGGGAAUUGACUCGCGCUCUUCGGCAGCAUGAUUAUGCAAGAACAGAGCAGCUUGCAGGACGCGGCGCGAUGGAGAUAGCCCUGGGUAUUGAUACAGCCGGGAUUCCAACAUCGAAUGAGCCACAAUCUGGUUCUCCACCCGACCUAGCCAUCGAAGCUCUCUAUGACCUUCUGGAUUCGCUGCGUUCGCGCGCCCGGGAUACCACUUGGACGAUUCUUCGGAGCGCAUAUCGAGAGCUAUCGUGUCCCAAGCCCAGCAAUGUUCCUGCAUCGAUAAUCACCCGAAACUGGCUUCUUCAAUCUCUCCUGCUACGAAGUGUUGCGUCCCAUUGCGAUAAGCGCGAUGACGAAUCUUUACUAGACACUUGGAUUCAAGAAAGGGUUUCACGCGCAGAGCUGAGGCCCAAGGACGGCGCUGAAGGGCGGUGGAUUGUUUGCAAAGUCAAAGCAUGACGGCUUGGGCGAGGUAUGUACAUUGUACGUGCAUUCGCCGGAAGUCGAAUUCGUGACUGACGGCCUCCUUCAAGGCUGGUCAAUCUACUCGAGAUUCGAUGCAAUGAGCGGAUGAGUCGCGAUCUGUAACUCCAGCUUGUUUCUGGACCGUGCCAAACUCGCGAGAUUUGUCUCGUGUCGAUUUGCGUUCGUCGAGUUUUACAUUCCUCCCACGUUGUGUGUAGGGUUAUGUAGAGAUAUAUUCUUCUUUCUAUGUCUUACCGAUAAAUACCGAGCUUGGUAGCCAGAUAGCCGGAUAUGACUGUGCUGUACCAGAGUUUGAAUGUACUUCGAUUGCGCGCGUCUAUGGAGGUGGUGAACAACUCUGCACU